UGCACUCUGCAUUGCAUUUGCUCUUCUUCAUAUUUACAUACUAAUUUUUAUGUACAUAUGUAUGUAUGCAUGUAUGUAAGUACUUCGCGUCGUUCGCGCAGCUUUCUUACUCGCUUAACAACGCAAACAGCUCAAAGUCUUUGCAGAGUACCUACUUACAUAUAUUCACACAUACAUACCUACAUAUGUACAUAUAUGCAUCCCAAAAAUUGUUGUUGCUUUUGUAGUUUUAAAUUCUUGUUCUCACUAUUUUCUACUAUUGCGGGCAUAUGCUCCCCCAACUCAAUACAAUUUCACACUCAUCAUACCCACACUGCUACUCGUUCUCUGCUCUGCUCUACUCUUCAACUGCUGACAUUUCUACUUUGCAUUUCGUUGUUGCUUGUUGCUUGCGUGGUGUUUUGCUAACUUACUCCCCAUAGAGUCAAUGCUGCUCUGCCGCUCAACUGGUAUUCGUGUUUGUGUGUAUGGUGCUCGGCUGUUGUUAUUUGUGUGCGUGGUGACUUUGUUGCUCUGGUUGGCUCCCUCACUGAUUGUUUGAUUGUUUGGUUCUCGCCAUCGUCGUCGACUUCAUACUCUAACCAUACGCUCACGCGCUCAUUGCAGCACACAGAUACACGAAUGCACGCAUACACAUACAUACAAACGUAGAGAAACAGAAAACACCGUGAGUGUGUUGUGUAGUGGCGUAGCAGCUGGCAAAAUAGUAUCUUGGUAAGUAGCAGCAGCUAGCAAUGGCUAGCAGCAGCAGCGCAGACAUAACUUGGUAAAAUUCGUAGCGAGCCAACAGACUCACAACGAGCAAAAUUUGUAAUCAGUUCUCUUUGAAACGUUAAGCGGUAAACAUGGUUUUCUGAAAUAGCAGCGCUUCCGUGAAAGUUUCUUGUUCUCAAGUAAAAGUUGUUCAUUGAAUUCCAUUAGAUACUCGCUCGUGUCGCGAUUGAUAUUGGCGAACGCACGAACACAACACGUUUAACAGACUUGAAGGAAGGAAAGAAAUCAAAUAGUUGUUGAAGUUUAUUCAUUUUGUUUUUGGUAUAUUGCGCGCUGCUAUAACGACAGUUCGAAUUCAAAGUUGAUAAUGAGAAAAUGAAACGGUGCAGAAUAUGUAAAUUAAAAUCUUAUUACAAAAAGAAAAAUUAGCGAAUUUAGAAAAAGUUUCUGAACACAAACGAAAUUUAAUCAAUAAAAAAAUAUAAAAUUACGGAAAGAAAAAUUUGAAGUGUUUAACUGCAUUUGCUGCAAGUGUCAGAAAAAAAAAUCGCUUCGCUCGCAUUUACCACCAAAGGAUUACGGUUUGCGCGUUUGACUUAAGCGAUUACGUUGAAAAUUAGAAAAAACUGUUAAGGCAACUAGAACUGCCUGUGACUUUGAAAAAUAAAAAUAAAAAUUUAAAUACACAUUUAAACAUAAUAAAAAUACAAGAAAAUGCAACACAUAAGCUAAUACUGUGUAAAAAGUGCAAUGUGCGCCAUGUUGCAUGUAUGCCAUGUGCAAAAAUCAAGUGCUUGCAACAGUAUCUGUUAAAUGCAAAUGCAAUGAAAAUCUACAAUUAUUAAAGAAAUAUAAAAUCAAAUACUACAUUAAAAAAUAUUAAACGAGCGACUGCCACGUCCUCAACACAAUACGCUUGCAACAAAUCACCUAAAAAUUAAAAAAAUACACAAAAUGCGUUCCUCCGCCAACACAUUAACAAUAUCAACAGCGGCCGGCCUGCUCCGCCGCCACCUCAUCUACCUACUAAUCAUCAUACUCAGCAGCAGCCUCACCAGCAGCUCUACGCAUGCACAACAAUGCUCCUGGGAAUUCGUGCGCACCACACUCGAUAUCAAGUGUAAUUUACGCGUUAUCGAGCCACUGGUGCCGCUCGACUUACAAGUCGCCGAAACUGCCAAUCGCUUGGAGAUACAAUGCUCCACUGAUUUGCUACACGCCAGCGAAUUGCCCGCCAGUGCAUUUUCGCGUUUGCAAAAGCUUGCCGAACUGCAAGUGGAUGCGUGUAAAAUGCAACGCCUCGCUGCCAACACUUUUGAUGGUCUCAUGUCACUAAAGCGUCUCUCGGUGCAGACGCAUAAUUCUGUCUGGGGACCGGGUAAAUCACUUGAAAUCGUAGCGGGCUCAUUUGCGGGUCUGCGCGAACUGAACGAGUUGAAUUUGAGUGACAAUAAUAUACGCCAAUUGCCAGAGGGUGUGUGGUGUACAAUGCAAAAUUUGCAAGUGCUAAAUUUGACGGCGAAUCGCAUACGUUCCGCUGAGAAUUUGGGCUUCUCGGAGAAAAUGUGCACGCUGAAUGGCGCCAGUGGUGGCGCCGAGCUGCAAGUUUUGGAUGUUUCACAUAAUGAGCUGCGCGCCUUGCCCGAUGUGUGGGGUGCAUCACGUUUGAGACGCCUACAGCAUUUGAAUUUGCAGCAUAACAACAUUAGCACGUUUGCACCGAAUGCGUUGGCUGGUUUGAGUUCACUGCGCAUACUAAAUUUAUCCUACAAUCACUUGGAGACAUUGCCCGCUGAUGCUUUUGCCGGCAAUAAGGAGUUGCGCGAGAUCCAUCUGCAGGGCAAUGAAUUGUAUGAUUUGCCCAAGGGCUUACUACAUCGUUUGGAGCAGCUGCUGGUGCUGGACUUGAGCGGUAAUCAAUUGACGAGCCAUCACAUUGACAACAACACCUUCGCUGGCCUGAUACGCUUGAUUGUGUUGAAUUUAUCCAACAAUGCGCUGACACGUGUAGGCGCUAAAACUUUCAAGGAGCUGUAUUUCCUGCAAAUACUUGACAUGCGCAAUAAUUCGAUUGGACACAUUGAAGAUGGCGCUUUCCUGCCACUGUACAAUUUGCAUACGCUAAAUCUGGCUGAAAAUCGCGUACAUACGCUGGAUAAUAAGAUCUUCAACGGUUUGUUUGUACUGACAAAACUGACGCUUAAUAAUAAUCUAAUUAGCAUUGUUGAGUCGCAAGCAUUCCGCAACUGCUCCGAUCUGAAGGAGCUCGAUCUCAGCUCCAAUCAGCUGGUGGGCGUGCCUGAUGCAGUGCAAGAUCUGACGAUGUUGAAGACGCUUGAUCUGGGUGAAAAUCAAAUAUCCGAGUUUAAGAAUGGCACAUUUAAGAAUCUGAGCCAACUUACUGGUCUGCGUCUGAUCGAUAAUCGCAUUGGCAAUAUUACCGUUGGCAUGUUCACCGAUCUACCACGCUUGACUGUGCUCAAUCUGGCUAAGAAUCGCAUACAAUCCAUCGAACGGGGCUCCUUUGAUGCGAACAAGGAAAUCGAAGCCAUACGUCUAGAUAAGAACUUCCUUACCGAUAUCAAUGGCAUCUUCGCUACGCUAGCCUCUCUUUUAUGGCUGAAUCUCUCCGAAAAUCAUUUAGUUUGGUUCGACUAUGCCUUCAUACCGUCGAAUCUCAAGUGGCUGGACAUACACGGCAACUACAUUGAAGCGUUGGGCAACUAUUAUAAGCUACAAGAAGAGAUACGCGUUACAACACUGGACGCCAGUCAUAAUCGCAUCACCGAGAUUAGCGCUAUGUCAGUGCCGAACUCGAUUGAGUUGCUCUUCAUUAACAACAACAUCAUCAAUCAGAUACAAGCAAAUACUUUCGUCGACAAAACACGCUUAGCGCGCGUGGAUCUCUAUGCUAACGUACUUUCGAAGAUCACACUAAAUUCGUUACGCGUCGCCCCAGUUGGCACCGAUAAGCCAGUGCCAGAGUUUUACUUAGGCGGUAAUCCCUUCGAGUGCGACUGCUCAAUGGAAUGGCUACAACGCAUUAAUAACCUUACCACCCGCCAGCAUCCACGCAUUGUUGAUCUUGGUAACAUUGAGUGCCUAAUGCCGCACAGCCGGAAUGCGCCCAUACGUCAACUGUCGGCGCUGAGCAGCAGCGACUUUGUCUGCAAAUACGACACCCACUGUCCGGCGACGUGCCACUGCUGUGAUUUCGAACAAUGCGACUGCGAAAUGGUCUGUCCGGACAAUUGUACCUGUUUCCAUGACGCUACCUGGUCGACAAACAUUGUAGACUGUGGGAAACAAAAUCGCAUUAACCUACCCGCACGCAUACCGGCCGACGUUACAGACCUUUACUUGGAUGGUAACAACUUGCCCGUUCUGGAUGCUCAGGUGUUUGCUGGCAAACGAAAUUUACGUGCGCUCUACCUGAAUGCCUCGAAUGUUAUGUCUGUGCCGAAUGGCACCUUCGACGAGUUGAAUAUGGUGCGCACAUUGCAUUUGGAGAAUAACAAAUUACAAACGCUGGAGGGACACGAAUUCCGUCAGUUGUCACUGUUGCGCGAAUUGUACCUGCACAACAAUCUGCUGACCCACAUCUCGAACGCCACAUUCGCGCCGCUAGUGUCGCUAAAGGUGUUGCGGCUCGAUAAUAAUCGUAUGACGGCCAUGCCAAUCGUACAACUCGUCAGCUUGCAGUACCGCAACAAUUUGCAGGGACUGACUAUUGGACGUAACGCGUGGUCGUGCCGUUGCCAAUUCUUGCAGGAGUUGGCGCAAUUCGUUGCGGAUAAUGCGAUAGUGAUACGUGAUGCACAGGACAUAUAUUGUGUUGAUGCGGGUGUGAAGCGUGAACUCGAUUUGAUUGCCUCGAAUGGUGUGGAUUGCAGUGAGCUGUUGGAGAGUGCCAGCAAUAUGGCAUCGCAAGACAUCUCAGGCGGCUAUGUGCCACUACUCGCCGCCGUCUUGGUUUUGAUCUUCCUGAUCAUUGUGCUGAUCAUUGUUUUCGUCUUCCGUGAGUCAGUGCGUGUUUGGCUUUUCGCACACUAUGGCGUACGUGUUUGUGAGCCACGUUUCGAAGAUGCGGGCAAACUCUAUGACGCUAUAAUUUUGCAUUCUGCAAAAGAUUACGAGUUUGUUUGUCGCAAUAUUGCCGCCGAGCUGGAACACGGUCGCCCACCCUUCCGUCUAUGCAUACAACAACGCGAUCUGCCGCCUGAAGCAAGUCAUUUGCAGAUUGUCGAAGCUGCGCGUGCCUCACGUAAAAUCAUAUUGGUGCUAACACGUAAUAUGCUGUCAACCGAAUGGAAUCGUCUAGAAUUCCGUAAUGCAUUCCAUGAGGCAUUGCGUGGACUCGCACAAAAACUGGUGAUCAUCGAAGAGACGAACGUCUCCAGCGAGGCCGAGGAAGUGCCCGAGCUUGCGCCAUAUCUAAAAUCAGUGCCAUCGAAUCGUCUGCUAACCUGUGAUCGUUACUUCUGGGAGAAACUACGCUACGCCAUACCAAUUGAGCUAUCGCCACGCGGCAAUAACUACACUCUGGAUCAUCACGAACGCUUCAAGCAGCCCGUCUCACCAGGCAUGAUCUUCCGUCAAGCGCCACCACCACCCGCCUACUAUCAGGAGGACAUGGAAGCCAACUAUUCAUCAGCGACCACAGCCACACCUUCGCCACGCCCCAGCCGACAUGGCGCACGCAUUGUCGAUGCGAUACCAAUGCGUCCGCCCUCCGAGCACAUCUACCACAGCAUUGAGUCAGAGUAUAGCGCUUACGAUCCACAAGAAGCGCUAUCCAUGAUACCAAAUGGCGGCAGUGCGGCCACCUUUAUGCAACAUCAUGCCCACCAACCACAUCAUCCCCUACAACAUCCGCAACAACAACAGUUACUCGCACCCAAUAGCUACCGCGUACAUCAUCAUGCGGCACCGCAGAACAACCCUCGCACAAGCGCGGCUGGUCAUCAUGCGAUGGUCAUGCAACUACAACAGCAGCAGCAGCAACAACAACAACAGCAACAGUGGCGGCCAUCAAUGUGUCUGACACAACAGGCACCGCCAUCAUCGGCGAAUUUAUUAAGCGGCGGUGCGACAACAUCCACCAUGGCGACCAACCAACAACAACAACAGGCCGUCGCACAAGCGCCCGUACAUCUGCGCACCGGUAGCAAUUUGAGUCAGGCAAGUACGAGUACACAAUCCACAUCUGCGGCUGCGCAAACGCCCCAACCGCAAGCUUCAACUUCCGCUGCAGCGGCGGCGGCGGCGGCGGCGGCAGCAGCAGCUGCUAAAACGGACAAUGGUAGCGGCUCAGGUGGUGCGACAAUUGCAACGGAGGUAGUAGGGAGCUCAAGCGCGGCGAAUAAGAACAAUGGACAGGCGUUUUUGGUAUAAUGUAAGCCACAAAAGUAUAAGCUGCAGCAACAACAAACAAACAGCACUACACUGCGUCGAGUACAGCAGCAACAGCAACAGCAACAACAACAACAAGCACUGCUGCAACGAAGUACACGUAGAAGGGGCAGCAGACAUGUUGACGAGCUGGUUGUUGUGGUUGAGCGCUUAACGUGAGUUGAAUGCGCGCACUUACCGCAACUGAAAAGUGCCAUUGUGCUGACAUUCGCGCAUUGUUGUUGUUUUGUUGUCGUUUAUAUUAUUAUUGCUGCACGCUUUUUGUUCGCCAACACACAGCCAGCACGAACAACCACCACCAUCAC